UCUCUGACCUCAGGUUUCCUCAGUCUUCAAGGCUAGCUAGCAUGGCCAACUUUCUUUGUAGUUUUGGAAGCAGGUUUGUUGCCAUGGAAUCCACACUCUGAGAAGGGUUGAGAAGCAUAAAGGUAAUCAUUUGUUUACACUGUUGCUCUUCUUCUGGAAAAGCCUGACUGGUAGGAUUCCUGUAAGAGCUCAGCCCCAAAGGGAUUUAUCCCAUCACUUCACCUACAUAAAGCAAGACUCAGGGACACCUUGUGGAAGGGACACCUGUUGGGCUCUAUCACUUCCCUCACAUGGCUAAUCCUAGAGCUGACACUGUGAGCAAUGGGACUCUCUACAGCCACGAGAAAGAGAGCAACACUCAAGAUGAAAAGUGCACGAGUAACGGAGUAGUGAAAGAAAGACAGCAAAAUGGAAACUCACAUGUUUAUGCAAAGACUAUUGUGGAAUCCUUCGAGGAACCGCCUCUUCCUACUUUGGUUACCACAUACAUGGGAUAUGGAAUCGUAACCCUGUUUGGCUAUUUCAGAGACUUUUUAAGAAACUCAGGAUUAGAAAAAUGCAACGCAGCUGUAGAGCGAGAAGAACAAAAACAUUUUGUGCCACUGUACCAAGACUUUGAGAAUUUUUAUACAAGGAACCUUUAUAUGCGAAUCAGAGACAACUGGAGCCGGUCCAUCUGCAGUGCCCCGGGGCCUCUUUUCAAUGUGAUGGAAAGGGUGUCAGAUGACUAUAACUGGACAUUCAGAUUUACUGGAAAAGUCAUCAAAGAUGUCAUCAACAUAGGCUCCUAUAACUUCCUUGGACUUACCAACAGUUGGGAUGAGUCUAUGAGGACAGUAAAAGAUGUUUUAGAAACCUAUGGUACAGGUGUAGCCAGCACCAGACAAGAAAUGGGUACCCUGGAUAAGCAUAAAGAGUUGGAGGAUCUCUUGGCUAAGUUCCUGAAUGUAGAAGCGGCAAUGACCUUUGGGAUGGGAUUCGCAACAAACUCAACAAACAUCCCUGUACUAGUUGGAAAGGGAUGCCUCAUUUUAAGUGAUGAGAUGAACCACGCCUCUAUUGUCCUUGGGGCCCGACUCUCAGGGGCAACCAUAAGGACCUUCAAACACAACAACAUGCAAUGCCUGGAAAAGCUCCUGAGAGAUGGUAUCAUCUAUGGCCAACCUCGAACACACAGAGCUUGGAAAAAGAUUCUUAUCCUGGUGGAGGGCAUCUACAGCAUGGAAGGUUCCAUUGUGAAUCUACCUGAGAUUGUGGCUCUAAAGAAGAAAUACAAGGCCUACCUCUACAUUGAUGAAGCACACAGUAUUGGGUCCGUGGGCCCCACUGGCCGGGGUAUCAGAGAAUACUUUGGUCUGGACCCUGAGGACAUUGACGUGUACAUGGGCACAUUCACCAAAAGUUUUGGAGCCUCUGGAGGUUACAUAGCUGGAAAAAAGGAUCUUGUGGACUAUUUACGGCUUAACUCACAUAGUGCUGCUUAUGCUGUGUCCAUGAGCCCCCCAGUAGCAGAGCAAAUCAUCAGAUCACUGAAAUUACUCAUGGGACUGGAUGGGACUACACAAGGGUUGCAGAGACUACAACAGCUUGCAGCAAACACAAAAUACUUCAGACAAUCACUGAAGAAAAUGGGAUUCAUUAUCUAUGGCAACGAUGAUGCUCCUGUUGUUCCCAUGCUUCUUUACCAGCCUUGUAAAGUAGCGGCUUUUGCAAGGCAUAUGUUAGAGAGAAAAAUUGGGGUGGUUGUCGUUGGAUUUCCAGCCACUACACUUGCAGAAGCUCGGGCUCGGUUCUGUUUAUCAGCAGCACAUACUCGGCAGAUGUUAGACACAGUUUUGGAAGCCAUUAAUGAAUUGGGUGAUCUCCUGGCUUUGAGAUAUUCCCGGCAAAAGAAGACAUAACACUCUGUACUCUGAUGGAACCAGCUUUGAACUUGACAAAUAAGAUUCCUGGUCCUGAAUGAAACAUGAAGACUUUUCCAGAGAGAUCUCCUCCCUCACCUCAGAAAGAAUAUAGAUGGAAUUCUCCCCCUUUCUAAGGACAAUUUUUUUUUCCAGGUCAGCUUAAUUGAACUGAGGGAUAUUGUGUUUUUAUGUCUCCAACUUGCAACUUCAGAAACAAAAUUACUGUUAUUAAGUUUCUUCUCUCCCAAGUAUCCGCUAGAAAUGGACACACACACACACACACACACACACUUCUAAGAGUGUUUCUGAUGACAGUGAGCCUGUUUUAGCUGCUACUGUGUAGCCUCCCGGUUCUAGCCAAAUGUGGGGAUUUUGAUUGUUAACAAUAAUCGCACUAUGAGUUUACUUAUUUGAUCAGCAGGCAUGGAUAAUAAUGGUGGAGAGUAGCUGACUUUCUUGUCCCACUUAUAAAACUACCAGCUACAGUUCAUCUGCAUCACAGUAAGUUCCAGGCAGGAGGGUAAAAAAAAUGUUGCUUUGGGCUGAGAAUUUAGCUCAGUGGUUCUGCCGCCUGCCUUGCAAGCGCAAGGUCUUGAGUUCUAUCCCUGGUACCAAAAAUAAAAGAAAUGUUGCUUCUACCAUUUGCCACAAUUUGGACUUUUUCCAAGGGUAAGUGUCAAAAGACACAGUUAAUGUUUCCAGGGAGAAAGCAGAACUGGCCAGCACUGAGUAGAGAAGGAAAGUUUCCUUUUCCUCCUGCUGUUCUCCUACAGUUUUACAGCUGAGCCUUGGAGGUUUAGAAAAUCCAAGACUCUUGUUUCAUGAAGCAGGAGGCAGAAACCAAGCAUAAGCCAAUUUCAGGCCUAGACUAAAACUGUAAAAUUAUAACUUGAAUGUUGUUGGUGCCAUGCAGAGUGAAUGUUAAAUAUUACGUGGCUUUCAUGACUUUAAGGAAUGAGUUGCCAUUUGCCUACUGAAUUUUGAGUAAAUGAUGAGGCUCAGUUUCCUUUAGAGCUGACUUCCAAGGGUAUGCUUGAAGAAUGUAUUAAUUCAAGAAGGACAUUUAUAAACAAUUCUCUCUGUCUCUUUCAAGGCUAUCAUGCCCAUUUAGAUGUAUUAAAUAAUAAUGUCACUUUUGCAAAUAUUCUCAGAUUUCUGCAAAACAGUCUAGCAUACUUUUGGGCAACUAACUGUAAUUUUCUCUCUCUCUCUCUCUCUCUCUCUCUCUCUCUCUCUCUCCCCCUCCACAAUGCACACCAUGAAUACAAACCUCUGAAAAAUUAGUCCUUUGCUAAUUGGAUCUAGUUGGUAUGGAAAAAGCCAGUGGAAACCCUUAUCUUUAACAAGCUCCCAGAUGGUGCCCAGAUUUGGAAACUCUAAAGAGCAGUGGUGACCUUUUAGCCAAGCUUCUGUAACAGUUCGAAUGAGUUACAGAACAUUCCACUCCAUCAAAUGACACUGUAAACAAAUCACUUCAAGAGAGGUUUGGCUUUGUGUGACACAGAUGGACCCAAGCUUUCAUGCUGUGCACUGAGAUAGAAACUCAAACUGCACGCCAGUGUCGAUGGAGCAACACACCCUGGUGAUCAGAGCUCAUCCAAGAAAAAAGGUGAUCAGCAUGGAAAGCUUUUCAUAAAUAACAACCCUUUGUGAGUACAAUCAGUUUAAGGGUGAAUUCCAGUGAUAAAAUUAUUUUUAUACAAUUGAAAACUAAAGGAAUACAGUUAGCACAGGAGGAAAAGAAAUGAAUUGCCCCCUUCAAUGUCUGACUUUGAUAACAAGAUAGCAACUCUCCUCAACUAGUGCAGCUUUACUGGUGCAAAGAAAGUAAAUGUCAUACGAAUGUCCAGAGAAAGGAAGGCAUGUAGUUCUUUUCUCAUUAUUAUAUGCACUUAAAUGAAAUGUUACUGCCUAAUUGUUGAAAAUGCAUUAAUAUCUCUUCUAUAGGGGAAACAGGGCAGCAAGACAUGUGAGCCUUCCCCAACAUACAGCAAGCAAUAAACAUUUCUCAUCUUUUCUACAUUUGUCUGUGAUCUUCACACACAUACACACACACACACACACACAAACACACACACACACACUUUGAGUUUUAAGCCACUAGAUGCACAAGUGCCUUCCUAAGCAGGAAUGUCUACUCUUCCACUUUCGUGCAAGAACUUGAAUCUAAUUCAUCAUGGGGAGCAUGUUACUUACCCAGCUGCCAUGUGGAGCAGGGAGGAGGUUAGUUCUUUUCUGUCAAGAUCCAAGAUCCGUGAGGAAAUAUUUUCUAUUUCUGUGCCCAAGAGACCUAUUUCUAUUAGAGAGUCUGCACUGGAGAUACCACCCCCAUAUGAGAACAGCUACAAUCCAAGUGGAAUGCUUCCCAAGUACAUUAAGAGAGACCCUGGUUCCAUAGAGCUUGCAUCAGAAGAGUAUAAGUCAUAUAAGAAUGAGCUUUGUUAAGAGGGUAAUUGUGAAGAAUGAGAAUUUUUCUAUUUUUACAAAUAAAAAUCCUUUACUGCUAGGUUGAUAAGACCAUGAUUUCAAUUCAAUAUGGAUACAGUCUUAAUAUCAGAGCUUAGUCAGUUGAUAGAGAAUUUCUCUACCAGAAGUAUAAUGUUACAUGUCCCCAGCCACAUAGUCACACACACACACACACACAUACACAACACACACAUUGUUUACAGAGGAAGUGUGUAAAGAUUAACGAUAAGAAUCUGAUUGGAUGAGAGAGAGAUGGAAGAUGUUCUAGAAAGCAACCUUCAGGGAUGAAAAAGAUAAAGGCUCUGAUCGGUAUUUGUAGAGAUGAUACAUCUGCAUAAGAAAAUGGCAUAGAUUCAUUCCUAAUCUUCAUUUGGAAUGAAGGUGCCACAGAUGUUUAGCUGUGUUACUCUUUAGUAUGUUUGGUUUGUCUAAGACUACAAGCUUCAGAAUUUAUUAGGAACCUUGUUAACAUGCAGAUCCCUGGGCCCCAUAUCACACCUCCAUUCAAUCAAACCAUAGUGGUGCCCAGCAAAGUACAACUUAAAAAGCUUUGUAAGGUAAUUCUAAUAUAUUCCAGAAUUUGAGAAUCAUUAUUGGAGCUCUUGGUGGAUCCAUUGGCUCUAAUAACAUAGCAGAAAUCUUCUUUUAAUUUUCUGCUGAUGUUUUAGGGUGCUAAUACUGCUAAAGUGAAAUAAAUUUAUUCUAUGGGCACCCUUCUCCCUUCAAUGGGAUAUUUCUUUCCCAUUUUCUUCAACUCCCUUCUCUCUGAAGAAUGGGCCAACCCAAUAACUAAAGAAUAAUCUCCCAUACAUUUGAUGAAAAUGCCUUUCCAGGUCUCUUCUGCAUCAUUCCUUCCGAGAUGCUUCUUUUGCUUUGUAUCACCUUAUGCUUUUCAAUAUGCUGUCUUUUUUCUCUUUUCUCUUCCUACUUCUAGAAAAAAAAACUUCAACCUUUGAUUAUUUGUUCUAGCAAUAACUCCUCAGUAGGGUGAAAUUCUUAACAGUUCUGCAGAAUACAGUGUUUUUC